AAGAAGUUUUCUCGUGGUUUUUUCUCAGUUUUCCGAAAGAUCUACAAAAAUUAAGUCCCGGAAAGCGGUCAGCGGGAGAAUUCAUGUUCCCGCUUAAGCCGUUUGUUCGGACAAGGCAGGCCAAGGAGUUUAUUCAAGUCUUGGGAGGCGGAGGUUCUCUUGCACCUGUGAAGUGGCACCCGUGACAGUGUGUGUGCGAGUGCGUGCGUGUGCAUUCCGAUCACUUCCGAUCCUGCCGAAGAUCAUCCCCUCCAUAAAUCUCUUCCUGCUUCCGGUUCGCCUCGCGGAAAGGCUCGGCUCAGCUCGUGAUCGAGAGAGGUGUGUCCUGUGUGUGAGGUGUGCGGCUGUGUGAAUGGCCCCAUCAAAGUUCUGAUGACGCUGGCGAUCGUCGUUGCAGCAGCAUAAAGAUGAUCUUUGAAGUUAUCCCCAAAAAUUCAACUGUGUGGCUAAUGUGUCGCUGCCUAAACGACCGUGCGUGUGAUUGACCGUGACAUCGACGAAUAACACCCCUCUCCAUUCGAUCGCCACCUGGCCCGGAAACCGAGUGCUAGUCUCGGGCAACGUAGCCAGAUUCCACGAUUUCCCGUUAGAAAAAGCCACAUCUCGUGGACGCGAAACGAACGAAGAACGGCUCAUUUCUGUGCCCCGUGCUUGCGUGCCAACCAACUAGCCAGCCAGCCAGCCAGCCAACCAGUACGAGAACCCGGACCGGUGGAUCUAGAGACGAGCGAGGAACGGGCGCAGAGGCAAGGGCGAAGAAAAGGUAAUGAAGUUAGAGGGAGGUAGCAUCCACCUGCAGCAGCAGCUUGGUGGCUCAUCGAUAGCGACCCAUCCCAAUCUCCUGGACGAUAAGCAACAGCAACAGCAGCAAGUGGGCAGCGCGAUACAGCACCUAACGCAACUGAACAGUAUGAGCAUCGAGCUGUGUUUGGUAUGCGGUGAUCGGGCCUCCGGCCGGCACUAUGGUGCAAUCAGUUGCGAAGGCUGUAAGGGCUUCUUCAAGCGCUCCAUCCGGAAACAGCUCGGAUACCAGUGCCGCGGUUCGAUGAACUGCGAGGUGACGAAGCACCACCGGAACCGAUGCCAGUACUGUCGGCUACAAAAGUGUCUUGCCUGCGGUAUGCGCAGUGACUCGGUACAGCACGAACGGAAGCCGAUCGUCGACAAGAAGGAUGGUUUGGGUGGUCCAAAUCCCAACAGCAAGUACAACCCGCACCGGAACAAGGAGUACCAUCACCAGCAGCAACAGCAACAGCAGCAUCUGGGCGAGCAGAAAUCAUCUGCAGCAGCGGCAUCGGUGGCCGCAGCAGCGGCGGCAGCUGCAGCAGCCGCCGCUACACCAACCUUCCUCGACUACAUACCCGGUCUCACGCUCGCACACUUCACGGCUAACCUGAGCAAACAGGCCGCUGCGAGUAAAUCCCCGUCGGCAUUAUCACUGACUCGUGGUGCCGAUGGUCAGCAAUCCUCCCAACAGUCCGGUUCCGGCAACCAUCCCUUGUCUUCCCUUACCUCGGCUACCUCUGGUGCCGGUAGUGGGUUGACCAAUCCGUUCGGUAGUUUGCACUCGCUCAAAACCGAGAUCGGAAUCGAACGACACCAACAGCAGCAGCAGCAGCAACAACAGCAACAACACCAACAUCAGCAGCAGCAACAGCAAGAUCUCGUGGUGUCACAGAGUAGUGCAGCGGAUUCGAUAGCCGCACUCAUUGGUCUCAAUACGACGGCGGCAGCGGCAGCAGCUGCGGCCAUGUCUAGCCACGUCGGAGCGAUGGGUAGCGCAGGUUCAGCCGCAGCUUCGCUCUUUGAUACCGUCCAGGCAGCAGCUGCAGAAGUGAGUGCCGGAGGUGGUCUCUCGUUGCGGAACCAUUCCACUAACACCGGUACAUCCGGUGGCUCAUCUGUCGGUGGCGGUGGUGGUGGUGGAGCAAACCUUUCCUUCUCCUCGCACGCCAUGGACACGAGCGAUUCAAACUCGGUAGAGAAAACGCUCAUCUGCAGCUCGCUCGAAUUCAUCCAGAGCCUGGAGCAGGAGCUGAACAGUAAUCUGAACAACAACUUUGGCAUCAAAUCAGAACACAGUAACGGUGGCCGGGAUGAUGAUGAGUGUCUCGGUGGCACUGGCGCUGGGUUCGACUAUGGUGGCGAGGGUAAUGGUGCUAGGUCGCCCGUGUUGACCGAAAACUGUGUAACGUUCGACAUCCAGGUACCGAACGUGCUGCCAAACUAUCUCGGUGUGCACUACGUGUGCGAGACCGGUUCCCGGAUACUGUUUGCUACCGUACAUUGGAUGAAGAAGAAUCAUCUGUUCCAGUUGCUCAGUGAAAGUUUCCAGGGUGAACUGGUACGUCAGGUGUGGCCUGAGCUGUUCAUGAUCGGACUGGCACAGAGCAGCGGGCAGCUUUCGUUCAACUCGAUCAUGCUCGCCUUGAUCCAGUACAUGAAAACCGUCAUCCUCAAUAAGAAGUACACCGGUGAGGUGAUUAGCUACCUGAUGAAGUACAUCCUCUUGGUGCAGGAGUUUGUGAACGAUCUACAGAAGCUGAAUCUAACCGACCAGGAGUAUGCCUAUCUGCGGCUGCUGUCGAUCUUCAAUCCUGAUAACAUCCUGCAGGACAAUGGCAAGAAUCAGCAUCUGAUCAAGAUUCAGGAAAUGAUUUUGGGUUCGUUCCGCGAGUACUAUCGCAGCAAGCAACACGCCCGGUUGGUGAGCAGCGAAAGUGAGGAAAACCUGCGCGCAACGGGCAGCGGUGCUGACGAUGAGGAAGAUGAGGAAGAGGCCGACCACGAAGACGACGACGAGGACGAAUACUACCGAGAGCGCAAACAGCAGCGGCAGCAGCAGCGCAACGCACGACAAGCUCAGCACGAGCAACGGUUGAUGAAGCUGCUGCUGAAGCUACCGACACUGCGUGCCCUCAACUCCAAGCGCGAUCUAGAGGAUUUGUUCUUCAGCAAUCUGCUCGGUCAGGUACAGAUCGAUAGUGUGCUUACGUACGUGCUACAGACGAACGAUGGUGCGGUUUCGUUUGCUGCGCUCUUUCAAAAGCAAAAUGCCACCAACAACGGUAUAGCAAUCAGUGGUGGUGGUGGCGGUGGACAGUCAAAUCCAUCCGCGAUGGAUAGUGACGAGUGACUUAGUGGAGAAGAGUUGUAAGAGGAGGAUUUUUUUCUUCAAGCAAAACCACCGACAGUGCAUUACGAACGGGAAAAAAGACUCUUAGGUGUUUGGCCUUAACAUGAAGAAUGAUGGAAUUUAAAUGGUAAAUCACAUAUCUCUUCCAACGUUUUAUGCACAAAACACCAAACUAACAGACAAAUUGCAAUUAAUUUCGUCCUUAGCACACACACGUGUACGUGUGUGUAUAGUAUUACUAGCGAUUUCUUCUUUUCGAUUUAUAAAAAAACAUUGAACAUUGAAUGGUAGUGAUGAAGUACCGAAGUGCCGAAGCGUCCAAAGACAACACGUAAGCACGUGCAGUAGAUUGUGGACCCAGUGCGUGAAUUAUCGAGAAAGGGAGCGAUGGCAAUCAGCAGGAAACUAGAUAGAUAGCUGAUAUUCGGUAUUAAGUUAAGUGUUAGAUGCAGUAGGUAAGUUCAAAGCUUUUGUACUUGGACGUCGCGGAGGAUUAACGAACCGCCAGGAAUAGGGGAACAUAAGGAUUAUCUGCCUGAUUAACAAUCGAUUUCUGCCUUUUCUUCCGAUUUUCGGCAACCACCAAUCGAAACAAAAACCGUACCUGACGAAGGUAUUAGUUGUUUAGAAAACGACUUAAUCGUUGAGCUUAGUGUGAGGUAAAGUGUUGCGCGUGGCGAAUAGGAAUCGCACCGACCACAGAGUCGUAGACAAUAAGGAAGAGGACGAAACUGCGCGAUUCGCAAUCGUUUUGCGUAAGAAAAUGGGCAAUAUUUAGCUGUUAAGACGAGCGGGCUUCGAGCUUUUGCCUUCCAGCCGAUAAACGUUUGGUCAGGGACCAAGCCCCGCCAGGCUAAACGAGUAACCGAGGAGAGCCCUCGGUUGAGGCGCUCAAUGUGUAUACACAAACACACCGUACGAUAACUACACAGCAAAGGAUAUCCAAAAGUAUUCCAGUAGACGUGUAUUCGUCACAGGUAGAGGCAUAGAGAAUGAAACC